AUGCAGGCCCUCAAGCUUGCCCGCAAGUACCCCAACUUCUCGCAGGAGCAGAUGAUCCAGCUCGUCGAGCAGUUCAACCAGAUCGACCUCGACUCGACCGGCCGCCUCCCGAAAUCGACCGUCCUCACCGCCCUCUCGACCAACGCCCAGGCGAGCUCACCCGCGGGCAAGUACACGUACGACCAGGUCCGCGAGACGCUCAAGACGGUCUCGAUCGACUCGUCGGGCCAGGUCGAGCUCGACGACUUUGUCGACCUCGUCGACAAGCUCCGGUCGGGCGCCGGCGCGACGGCGGGCCAGGUCCACCGCGGUGGAGCGCUGAGCGGGCUCAUGGGCGCCAACGCGGGCGCAGGAGCUGGAGCCGGCGCAGGAGCAGGAGGUGCAUCGGCGGCAACAGGCGGAGCGUCGGGCGGAGGAGGAAAGGUGCUCGUCAAGGGCAGCAACACCAACAUCACGCACUCGAUCAACGAGGACGAGCGCACCGAGUUCACGCGGCACAUCAACCAGGUCCUCGCGGGCGAUGCCGACAUCGGCGACCGCCUGCCCAUCCCGACCGACACGUUCCAGAUCUUUGACGAGUGCAGGGAUGGACUGCUCCUCGCCAAGCUCAUCAACGACUCGGUGCCCGACACGAUCGACGAGCGCGUCCUCAACAAGGCCAACAAGAAGGCGCCGUCGGCCAUGCCGUCGGCCAAGUCGAAGGCGACGCUCAACAACUUCCAGAUGACCGAGAACAACAACCUCGUCAUCACGUCGGCCAAGUCGCUCGGCCUGUCGGUCCUGUACCGCCUCCUCGAGGACGACGAGACGCUCGAGCAGUUCCUCCGCCUGCCGCCCGACCAGAUCCUCCUCCGCUGGUUCAACUUCCACCUGAAGGCCGCCAACUGGCCCAAGCGCGUCGCCAAUUUCAGCAAGGACGUCGCCGACGGCGAGAACUACACCGUCCUCCUCAACCAGCUCAAGCCCGACGAGUGCUCGCGCGCGCCGCUCCAGGAGCAUGACCUGCACGCGAGGGCCGAGAAGGUCCUGCAAAACGCCGACGCCAUCGGCUGCCGCAAGUACCUGACACCGUCGUCGCUCGUCGCCGGCAACGCCAAGCUCAACCUCGCGUUCGUCGCCAACCUGUUCAACACGUGGCCCGGCCUCGAGCCGCUCGAGGAGAACGAGCGCCCCGUCAUCGAGGACUUCGACGCCGAGGGUGAGCGCGAGGCGCGCGUCUUUACGCUGUGGCUCAACUCGCUCGACGUCGACCCGGGCGUGUACGACCUGUACGAGGACCUCAAGGACGGCAUCGUGCUGCUGCAGGCGUUCGACAAGGUCAUCCCGGGCUCGGUCACCUGGCGGCGAGUCGCCAAGUCGCCCCUGCCCCUGUCGCGCUUCAAGGCCGUCGAGAACACCAACUACGUGCUCGACCUCGCGCGCCAGGGCAACAUGCACAUCGUCGGCAUCCAGGGCGCCGACCUCGUCGACGGGCAGCGCACCCUCACGCUCGGCCUCGUGUGGCAGAUGAUGCGCCGCAACAUCCUCAGCACGAUGGCGAGCUUGAGCAAGGGCGGUCGCGACGUGUCGGACAGCGACAUUGUCAAGUGGGCCAACACGCAGGUGCAGCAGGCGGGCAAGCGCUCGUCGAUGCGCAGCUUCAAGGACCCGAGCCUCAAGGACGCCAAGUUCUUCCUCGACCUCCUCGACUCGCUCAAGCCGGGCUACGUCGACUACUCGCUCGUGUACGACGGCCGCAACGACGAGGAGUGCAAGGCCAACGCCAAGCUCGCCAUCUCGAUCGCGCGCAAGCUCGGCUCGCUCAUCUUCAUCGUCCCCGAGGACAUUGUCGACGUCCGCCCUCGCCUCGUCCUCACGUUCUGCGCCGCCCUCAUGGCGCUCCAGUCGGGCGGCAUGCACUAAUCGCUCGAAAGGUCGUAGUAGUCUCUCCCUGUUGUGCAAAAGGAACGGUUCUCGCUCUCU